AUGGACACCGGCGACCAAUCUGAUCUCUGCUUUCCACAACUGGCCAACACUUCCUGCAGGAAGCCCUCAUCUGACUUGUCUGAUGGUGUUCUUUUCAGUGUCCUGCUGUCCGCUGAAUGCGUCCUCACUGUGCUGCUCAACCUGCUCGUCAUCAUCUCAAUCUCCCACUUCAGGCACCUCCACACCCCCACCAACCUCCUCCUCCUCUCCCUCGCUGUCUCUGACUUGCUGGUGGGCUUUGUGGCGAUGCCAGGUGAGAUCUAUGUGAGGAUAUCCUGCUGGUUUCUCGGUGACAUUGCUUGUUCUCUGUGGAACUACAUGAUUUUCACCACAGGAUCCUCCUCGGUCGGAAAUAUGGUCCUGAUAUCGGCUGACCGUUAUAUGGCUAUUUGUGAUCCUCUGCGUUAUAAUGUCAAAGUCACUGUUAAAAGAAUUCAACUUUGUGUUUGUCUCUCUUGGGUGGCUUCUCUUCUAUACUGUGCCAUCAUUUUAAAGGAUCAAUUAGGUCGUCCUGGAAUGUACAACUCAUGCCACGGAAAGUGUGUCAUCGGUUUUGAGGUUUACGCAGGCAUUCUGGACCUCAUCGUUAGCUUUGUCGUUCCUGUCAGCAUCAUCAUCACGCUGUACCUGAGAGUGUUUGUGGUCGCUGUUUCUCACGCGCGAGCCAUGCGCUCCCAUGUUAAAUGUGUCAAGUUACAACAUUCUGCCCCUCUCAGAGCAAAGUCAUCCGAGUUGAAGGCAGCCAGGACUAUCGGUGUUCUCGUUCUGGUCUUUCUGGUGUGUUUUUGUCCGUAUUAUAGUGUCAGUCUGGUGGAUGAAAAUGAGAAAUUAGGUUCACUGCUCAAAUACGUUGUUUAUUUGUAUGCUUUCAAUUCGUGUGUGAAUCCCUUAAUAUAUGCCCUUUUUUACCCGUGGUUUAGAAAGGCUGUUAAGGACAUUGUCACUCUUCAUAUUCUGAAGCCUGCCUCCCGUGACGCCAAUAUACUGUAGACUCAAUUUGCUCUCAUAGUACAAACGUUUGACAUUAAAAUCUUUUUUCCAUGUUACUGCAAUAUGACUGUGCUGUGGGCUGUGAUGUUUUAUCUUAGUCGUUUUAAUCGCUUCGGUGUCAUCUCAGUUAUCUGCAGAGGUCCUUUACUAUUGUUUCAUUACUUGAUUAUACUUGGAAUAAUGUUGAUGAUUGAAAAGCACUCAUUAUGUCAUUAAACACCCUAAACAAAUUACAUAUAUAUAUCCAGAACAGAACAGUUCACUAUUCCAAAACAUCUGUGUAC